AUGUCACCAAAACCAGUAGCAGACCUAGCCAGCUUGAAAGGCACCAAUUGCCAGUUCAAGUUCAUCGGUGAAGGCGCCGCCAACAUAGUCUUUGAGGUUGUCUUUCCUGAGGAAGACAUCACCACUCAGGAUGAUGGCGAUAGUCAGAUCUUGGACAUCCUACAAGGGAAACUCUUACGAGUACCAAAGGCCAAUACCAAAGCCUUUCCACACCCCGAAAUCCUUCAGUACUGGGAGUCAUCCAUCAGUCCACUCUUCGAUAACCCCCAGGAAGACCUAGUACAGCAGCACCUCAUUCGUCUGGACAAUUCCGUCGUCUCACAACUGAAUGCAAUUCUUGAAAAUGAAGACGCCCAGCGUAGGGCAGAUUUCCAGGGUACCAAGGUGGCCGAGGCCGAGUAUGGCAUGUUGGUUGAGGAUAUGAGGAAGAAAUUCCCAUUAGACUUCCUUCUAGAAUUCAAACCCAAAUGGCUCACCCCUUCCCCCUCCGCCCCCUCUACCGCCACGCGCUGCCGUAACUGUGCCCGCGAAGCCUACCGCCUACACAAAUCGCUUCGCUCCGCUUCCUCCGACCAAAACUCCUCCUGUGCCCUUAGCCACGAGCCACCGUUCUGCCCCCUCGAGUACCUAGCCGCUCAAUCCUCGCCCUGCUCUCUAGCCCGAGUCAUCGCAUCCAUCAACCUCUCCGCCAUUUCCGCUUCUUUGGACACCAAGCCAGCGACGAGGGAGAAUCCCGUUGGUGUGCAACCGGCUGUUUCUCUGGAUGGCGAGGACGAUGGCAGGCCAGGAAUGGACCAAGUAGACGAGCGCUACCGCGUCGCGCUUGUUCACUGGCUGCAAAGCAAUUCGUUGCUGCCCAAGCUGCGGGACGCGCAAGAGAGCUUGGACCCGGCGCCGGAGGGGACGAGUGACCAGGAGAAGCUGGCGUUGGCGAUGACGUUGAGGGAUUGUACCUGUUUUGUGAGGAUAUCGGAAGACUCGAAGGGAGGCUUGAAGGUGGAAGCCAAGCUGGCGGAUUUGGAUAAGAAGAAUUGGGAGGCCAAGUUGGAGUAUUGGAAGGGGAUGGAUGAGGUGUUGAAAGAGGGGGGGUAUUAUGAGGGGGUGGAGGUGCCGAGGAUUCGGACGAGGUGUUUCAUGGAGGUUGGGGCAGGGGAGGCGGCCUGAGAGUUUAUGCCAUUGAUGUUGUCAUGGGCUUUCAAGGGAGAUGGAUGGGCACUUGUAAUGGUGAUGGUUCGGUGCCGUGCUGGCCUUUAACAACCCUAAAUGAUGAACGAUAAAGCGCCGUUUUCCUUACCCAACACUAGCAAUGCAAUUUGUGACUCCCUGGCUGUUUAGCACCCAUGAACGCCAUAACUCCCUUUACUCAACAUAAUCCGAAUCAGAUGCCACACGGUAACGCUGCCUCCGAGCCGCCUACUGCGCUGAACGCUCCUCGACUUCCUUCUAGGCAGCCUUAGCGCUCUCCGCCCUCAGUGCCUCCAGCCGUUUCUGCUUCUUCUCCAACUCCUCCAUCAUCUGCUUCUUCAUCUCAUCCACCUUUAGCUUCGCCUCCUUGAGCUUCUGAAUCUCCAACUGCUCCGUCUCCCGACUGAACGGCUGCCCGGGUCUAUUAACCAGAGGAAUCAUCGCGCUCCUCUCCAGCACGCCUCCCUCGGACUUUUGUAUCACAAACGGCUCCUCUUUUGACUCAUUAUUGUUCUUC